AUGGCUCUUGCGUACCAUAACCCAAUUAUCCCAGGAUUUGCUCCUGAUCCUACCAUCUGCGUAAUCGAUGGCGUAUUCUAUCUGGUGAACCCAAGCUUUAAUCUCUAUCCCGGGCUACAUAUUUAUAUUUCAAAUGACCUGGUCUCGUGGAAACAUAUUUGUAAGACGUUUCUGCCUAACUCCAUCGACCGGAAACCAUCCAAAUUCUCCCUGUCCCGAGCGACCACAUUCAUUGCCCCAUGGGAUGAUGGCACAGCAAUGGUUGCAACUGGGGGCCUUUACGCGCCCACAAUUCGGCACCACAAUGGCAUAACCUACAUCAUAUGCACCAACGUCAUCCAUGGUCCAUCCAAUGUACUGGGUGAUGAACGAAAUGAACAAUUCAUCAUUCACACAACUGAUAUUUGCUCGGGGAGUUAUACAAGAAGGACGGCUGGUACUACCUUCUAUGUGCCGAAGGGGGCACAUUUCGAUACCAUAUGCUAA